UUUAAUUUGCGCUGGGAAGGUAUCAUAUCCUUUCUGGUUGUCAUGGAAAUGAGAUGCCUCUCACUCACACAAUGAAUAGUAGAGUCAGACGCACUAAUGGUCUGAGUGGAGAAUAGACUAACCUACAUUCAGGCAGGAGCUGAGAGAGAGGAGAGUUAAAGCUCUUUGAUUUCAUGCCAUGUGGGUUUUUUUGACUCAUGUAGGAUUUUCUGGGGAGGUUGUGCUGUUAAUGAGGGAUUUUUAAGUAUGACAUGGUGUGUUGCGUUUGAGUGUGUUUGUGGGAUAGUGGGUGUGUUUGUGUUUAUAUGCCAUGUCAUUGAUAGGCAAGUCUAGCCUAUAAGCAUAGCCUAUACAGCCAUAUGAUUCCUUACCCUGAUCUGCUUUUUUUGAGGAUUAAAGCUUCACAUAAAGGUUUUAGUUGUUUUCCAAACAGCCUUAAUUCAUAUAGUCUGAGCUGUCGCCCAACUCGUGGCCAAAUGCAAAUGUUAGCAGUCACACUGUCUUUGUGGGGACACGGCCUCUCCUUCCAUUGAUAUCUGGAAAAACACCCUCAGCCAUUCACCAGAAAGCCAUAGUACAUCAGAUUUCAGAAAUCAACUGUGAAGUAUUUCCUUGAAACAUCUGAAGACAACACAGGGCCUGUAUUCUAUAGCAGCUGCCAAGCCUUUGGGUUGUCGUUGUUUAUAUUUUAUGGCAUAUUAUAUUUGAGUUAAGGCGCUUUGAUAACUUGCUGAUGGUACACUUCUUUCUUUCACACACUCAGGUUUACGCAGGCACUUCUGACAGCUUCCCUCUCAGGGCUGAUUUACAGUACUCACAUAUUUCUCCUGUCUCUCCUUUAUGUCCUCUCUUUUCUCUGUCUCUGUUUGCUGGAAGCCUCGCCCUGUCCGCGGUUAUUGGUGCGAGGGGCUAACCGGGGGCUACCGGCGCUCCGGGGCGCGUGCUUUGCAGCUCUUACGUCGUUCUCUUGGUUACCGGUGCGCGCAGGGCCAGAGCCCCACCGGCCGACUCGGCCUGAGAAGAAAGCAAGGGGGGACCCGUUUGUUCAUUUAGAGAAAAACAAACAGACUGAGUGUCUCACUUUGCAGAAAAAUGCGUCUCUUUUUUUCUUUCUUACAAGUGAAUAUGGAACUUUUGAACCCUCCACAAAGGUUAUGACAAGAGCGCAUUUACGCACAAUUACACUAUUAACUUGUUUAGUAUAAUAACGGGGCUAUGUUGGCUUGCAUCAAAGAAUAUCUUAUUUCUGCUGCUACCAUAACCAACUAGUUUUUUUUGCUUUUUUCUGCAUCCAAGUUGCUCUACAUAGAACUGAAUAAUGGUUUAACUGUUCCAAAUCCUCCCUAAUCAAAUAAAUGUUAUAGAGCCUGGCUUGUUUGUUUACUCUGGUUUGUCUUUUUUCUUUAUUCCAACAUAUUGGUAGCCUCUGUGGGGCAUUAAAAUUGUAUAACAGCCGUGUCCUGACCAAAGAACCAUCAAAAUAGUUAGGUCCAAUGUUUAGUCUCAGAGAGGGGCUCUGAGUCCAGAGUUAGGGGAAAAGUGCCUCCUCUAUUUAACACAAAGUGGGUGAGUUUGAUCUGUUGACACAAAGAUUAAGAGAUGACAGCGGGCUGCAGGUGCCUGUAGCCCUCGAUAGUCUGCUAUGAGGGCUGCGCCUUGUCAACACACAGUAUUGAGAUGCAUACUGGGAGACUGAGUGGUCUCCCGGCUUGACCGUAUCCUAGAGGGUCUGUGUGUGUCCGGCAAAAGAGAGAGAGAGGAGGGAGAGAGAGAGAGAGAGAGAGAGAGAGAGAGAGAGAGAGAGAGAGUGUGUGUGUGUGUGUGUGUGUGUGUCUUUAUGAGUGUGUGUGACAGAAAGGGGGCGCUCUGGGCCUUGAAAUCCACUGGCCACGGUGCGCCCUGCUGCAGUGAGAGGGAGUUGGAGGCGCACGGCGCACAGGAGUCCGCUGGUUUGGUUUCGGGUCCGACUCUCCAAAAUUUCCAUAUUUCUCUCUCCCUCUGGAUGAACCCUGAGCAGGCGAAUACGGUAGUGAUCAGAGGCAAGAAAAGCGAUGGCCUGGAUCCACUGACACAGACUGCUUUUAUAAAAACACAGGUUCGGAAGAGCGCGCCCAGCCGAGCUCGGAGCCCCGGCGAUCGGACACUUCCUCUGUGACGCCUGCCGAGCCCUCCCCGCUCCAGGAGCCCUGUCCCGGCCGCAGCCACGCCACCCCUCAAUCCCGGACACCCAGCACCAUUCAGCGCGAAGCUCUAUCACCAGAUCUAUGGCAUUCUGACAAUGAACAAGCGCACUCAGUUAUUGGAACAGCUGCAGUUUGUCCAGUUGAAAUGCACACCUCGAGACAUGCCCUGUGUGCAGGCUCAGUAUGGGCCCGCCCCUCCAGGCUCAGCCUACUCUGGCCAGUCCUUCAGUUACCCGAACGACAGCUACAGCUCUGACCUCAUGACCCCUGACUACACCAAGCUGGACCUGGGCGGGGGUGAGAUCUCUGCCGCCGCCACCACCUCCCUCCCCAGCUUCAACGUCUUUGUGGAGGGGAGCUACGAGCCCAAGUCCUCCUGCCUCUACCAGAUGCCUACACACAGGCCGACCAUCAAAAAGGAAGAGGAGAGCUACCCUACGGCUCCGACACUGGAUGCCAUGUCCUCCUCCACCAUGUACUUUAAACAGUCUCCACCCUCCACUCCCACCACCCCGUCCCUACCCCCCCAGCCUGGCACCUCCUUCCUUUGGGAGGAUCACUCCCUGGCUCCUCCGACGCAUCCCCACUCUCUGGGAUCCAGCCUGGAGACGGGCCCCCUCAAGUCCCCCCGCUUUCCUCACUUCUACCAGCACUCGCCACCCCACAGUGGCGGCAGCGUCGGCGGCUAUGAGAGUCUUGGAGGAGGACUGGUUCGAACCUCCUCCUCCUCCUCCUCCUCUUCAUCCUCAGUCUCCCAUCCUCACGGCCCACCCCUGGAGCAGCCCAUGUACCAGCUGCACCGUGGGGCCGGGGGCAGCAGCCUCGCCUUCCGCUCCCUGGCUCUUGGGCCCUGUGGCCCCCUACUAGGAGACAGCCUGCCCUCACCUCCCCCACGUGGUCCCCAAGGAGAGGGCACCUGUGCAGUGUGUGGGGACAACGCAGCCUGCCAGCACUACGGCGUUCGCACUUGUGAGGGCUGCAAAGGCUUCUUCAAGCGCACCGUACAGAAAAACGCCAAGUAUGUGUGUCUGGCCAGUAAGAACUGUCCUGUGGACAAGAGGAGACGCAACCGCUGCCAGUACUGCCGCUUUCAGAAGUGUCUGAGUGUGGGCAUGGUGAAGGAAGUGGUACGCACUGAUAGCUUGAAGGGGCGCAGAGGCCGUCUGCCUUCCAAACCAAAGAGCCCCCUGCAGACAGAAGCGUCUCCUCCUUCUCCACCGCUCAGCCUGCUCUCCGCUCUCCUCAGAGCUUAUUCCCACUGCAUGCCCCGUGACCUCGACUACAGCCAGUUCAGUGCUGCCGACCCUCCCUCCUCCUCCUCAGAUGCCGAGCACAUCCAGCUCUUCUACAGGCUGCUCACCAUCUCGAUGGAGACCACGCGGUGCUGGGCUGACCGGCUGCCCGGCUUCUCCGAGCUUCAGCGCGACGAUCAGAACCUGCUCAUAGACUCUGCCUUUCUGGAGCUGUUCGUCCUGCGAUUGGCUCACAGGUCGAUGUUGUCAGAGGAUAAACUAGUGUUCUGUAACGGCUUGGUGCUGCACAGGUUCCAGUGCCUUCGUGGAUUCGGAGAGUGGCUGGACUCCAUCCGGGAUUUCUCCACCCACCUCCAGAGCCUAAACCUGGAUGCCUCUGCCUUCGCCUGCCUGGCCGCCCUCGUACUGCUCACAGAGCAAGUCCCAGGUCUAAAGGACUCAAAGCGGGUUGAGGAGCUGCAGAAUAAAGUGAUUUGUUGUCUCAGAGACCACCUGGGUUGUGGCCCUUCUUCCUCCUCGUCCAAGGCUGUACCGCCCCUGAGUCGUAUUCUGGGUUUAAGAACGGAGCUCCGUUCCCAGAGAACCCAGGGCCUUCAACGAAUCUUCUACCUGAAGCUGGAGGAUCUGGUACCGCCUCCACCAUUGAUUGACAGGUUCCUGGACACUUUGCCCUACUGACAGCCCGGGCUGUCGCACAGAGAAAGACCCAUGUCACGUCCUGUUCAGGCCUUUUUUCCCUCCCGAGGAGCACACACACACAUCCAGAAGAGAGACUCACUCCCCUCUGACAGAUGCAGAGCAGAGAGAGCCAAUCAAAUGCUUUUCACUCAACAGGACAACCAAUCAAGAACGCCUUUUCACUCAAAUGGACAACCACCUAAAUGCUUUUCACCAGUAUAAAAGACAAUUACUCAAACGCUUUAUCACUUUUUAUUUGAUCCUCCUAUUUUUCUCACACGAGGGAGGAUGACGAGGCUGAGAUGGACGAUGGAAAAAUGACUUUUCACUGUCCUCUCUCCGUCUGGGUGGCAGCUCAUCCAGCAAAAAAACAAAAAAAAAAAAAACAAAAAACAAAGAACACCAAGGUUUAUGAGUACUGUUUAUCUGUGUUUUGGCCUGGCUCAUCCAGUCUGAGGACUACUUUUUAAUAAAAAGGAGAGGGGAGGUGUCAUUGUGAUCGAAUGUUAUCAAAGUUGAAGACGUCCCAGUGAAACACAAGUCGCUGUGCAUUCUACUUCUUCCUGCUGAAAGGGAAGAAGAGGGGGUUUUCAUAGUGAAAUGUACUGCAAUGUCAAAGGUCAGACAGUGCAAGCAUAGACAUGCAGAAACAUCAAAAAGCAGGACACAGAUAUUUCAUAAACACGUGGAAGUGGCUGUUGAGUUGGGCUCUUGAUUCCAAGUGCAAUUUUUUAAGUGCUAUCUCACCACAAAAGGAAGAGAGACGGAGAAGGAAUGGUUUAAUUUCAAACUCUAAAUUAUUUUAAUACAAAGACUUGUCCUGUACUGUCAGUAGCUAAAAGAAAAAGAGACAGUCUCCGUCUGGCUUUAGACAGCAGAGGAGAUACUGUGCACUAACGAUUGAUAACUGAGUCACCCAGACUUGAACUUGCUCUAGUAUGUUUUUUUAUUUUUAUCAACUCAUUUUGAAAUCAUAGGUUGAGUAGGAGUAUGGAGGAAUGAGUAUGGACUGAAAUUGGCUUUUGAAGCACUUACACCCUGAGAAGGGCUAGAGGCACAGACACACACCCUACCUGCUCGCCCGGAGGACGGCAGGGAGUCGGGGAGAGGAGGGUGCUCGACAGAUAGCUGUACGUCCAGGGGUGGAACAUUCCGCAGUCAUGCUCUUUUUCUAUUUGUUUCUAUUGUGGAGGCCGUGUGAGAGUGUGGAGGACAUGGUUGCAUACUGUCUUUGUGUGUACGCUUAGAGAAGCCAGGAUCAUAUGCAUGGUGUGUUAUAAGCUGUCAAGAGCUGCCAUAGCCUGUCAAAACAGCUCGACCUGUGUUUGUGUCUCAGACUGCGGCUCUACGGGGAUCUCCCUGGGCCUCUACCACCCACUCACACACUCACGGCAGCAGUUUGAAAUAUGAAAAAAAGCAAAUUAUAUAGAUAUAAAUAUAAAUAUAAAUAUAUAUAUAUAUAUAUAUAUAUAUAUAAAAAACUAAUAUUUUGAAGUGUUUUUAGCUUUUUCAAAUAUUGUGGUACGAGUUGUGCAUUGUUUUUUGAAGAAGAGAAACAAAAAAGAAAAAAAGUUGCUGUUUUUUCAAUGUCCCUCUUUGGUUUGAGUUUCCUGUUCGUUUUUUUUUUUCUCUUUGGUUCACUGGAUUUUAUGUUCAGCACUUUGAAAUCAUAAACUAGUUCUGAUUAAUCUGC